GCUGCCUGCUCAUACAUGGGCAAAGCCAGUAUACACACCAUCUACUCCCGUGUUCUAGCUUGCCUGUACUUCUAUCAAACACCUGUCGACGAGCGGUGACCCUGCCGAUGAAGCGGUCGUGGGCUUCUUGGGUGGCCACCGUGCCUCGCCUUUGGCAUCCAUCAUAUGCUUUGGACUAUCUGGGGUUUUUGCUGCUAGUCGUUGCAUUAUUCUCGAUCCGUUUAUCUUUGGAGCCUGUCCAACAAAUGUUUCGACUCGACGACCGCUCAAUUCAAUAUCCCUUCACCAGGUUCGAACGCGUGUCUUCGAAAGAGAACACCCUGCUUGCUGGGGCAGCACCGCUGGUGCUCUUGGUUCUUUGGGCUGUUACAGCAAGGCCCGGCGUGCACAAGGCCCAUGUCACCAUUUUGGGUUUAUUCUUCAGCGUAUACCUUACUGUGCUGAUUACAGAUAUCAUUAAAAAGGCUAUAGGUCGACCUCGUCCCGAUCUGAUAGCCCGAUGUCAGCCAAAGAGAGGAACGCCGACGGAUACCUUCGUCACCGUUGCUGUCUGCACGCAGCCCGAUCUUCACUUCCUUCUAGAUGGCUGGCAAAGCUUUCCGAGCGCGCACAGUAGCUGGGCUUUUUCAGGCUUGGGGUAUCUCAGCUUGUUUUUGGCUGGUCAAUUGCACAUCUUUCGACCACGGCCUACUCUGACGAGUAUUCUCCUUUUCCUGGCACCUCUGAUGUGCGCUGCCCUAGUGGCCAUGUCGCGGAUAGCAGAUUAUCGACAUGACGUGUACGAUGUUUCUUGCGGCAGUCUUAUAGGCUUCGUCGUCGCAUAUACAACAUAUCGCCGAGAUUAUCGACCACUCACCCAUCCAGGGUGUGAUACGCCAUACCCUAGGCUGUCAGAGUACUCUUUAAUCUGGGAAACGGCCUCUCAGUCUGGUGCUCUGGAGCCGGGACUCGAAUCUGAAGAUACUCAAGACAUUGAGCUGUUUGAGGCUUCCCACAUCAACAAUGAUCAUGCCAGAGGUUGUGAUGACAUGGAGCUAGGCCAUUUUAGUGAUAAUAUCCCAAAAGAUGAUGCACUUCGCACACCGGAUGGCCCAUCAAGACGCCCCUUGAAGCUCAUGAGCUCCAAGGAUUCGUCCGCGCCAAGGCGCUUUUCAAGAAAGAACAUUUGGAUAGGGCGUCAUGUGGUCUCGAGGUUUCGAAGACUUUUGAUCAGGGGCGCAAAAGAUUUUUCUCCACUUAAAGUGAUCUUGAUGCUGUUGGGAGUUCUCCAAGCUCUCUCUUCUCUGAACAACCUUCUUGAGGCGGUGUUUCCGGAUGGCCUAGAUCUGAUCUCGGGUCCUUUCAAACCGCCGCUCAGACUGGAGGAUGGCAGCUUGGAACGUCUCACCGCGAGAGUUCAGCCCAUCAUGUGUCAUUCCCAUAACGACUAUUUCCGCGCCGAGCCUCUAUACCAAGCCAUCCGGGCGGGGUGUACCAGUGUCGAAGCCGACCUCUGGCAUGUAGACGGUGAACUCUACGUCGCGCACACAAUGCCAGCCAUCCGCCAGGAUCGGACUCUAAAAAGCCUAUACCUGGAGCAGCUACAGGACAUUCUCGACCAUCAGAAUCGGGUCCCACCAUUCAUCGGAUCUGCCUCUGCUGAAAUCCACGGCGUUUUUGCAGCUCAUCCAGAGCAGUCACUCAUCUUGCUGAUGGACUUUAAAAACGAUCCCACCCUGAUGUGGCACCGCCUAUCGGCCGACAUUGCACCAUUGCGUGAACGCAAUUACUUGACCUUUUUCAAUGGAACAACAGUUGUGCCUGGUCCAGUCACGCUUGUCGUCUCGGGAAACGCCCCUUUUGAUCAUGUCGUGGCAAACUCGACCUACCGAGAUAUUUUCUACGAUGCUCCCUUGGGUCUAAUGUCGCCUUUGUCCUUGCCAGAAACUCCAUCCCCUCCCUCAACCAACGUUGACCAGCAUCGUCGUAACAUCUCUUCCGCCCCUGGAAACCCAGACAUGUACUCUUCGGCCAAUUCUUACUUCGCGUCGGUGUCUUUCGUCAGAUCUAUCGGGUACCCAUGGCACUCUUCUUUAUCCAAACUCCAACUAGAACGCCUCCGCCAACAGAUUCACGGCGCUCAUGCUCGCGGCCUCAAGGUCCGAUAUUGGGGCAUCCCGGCCUGGCCAGUUGGAGUGCGGAACUAUAUUUGGCGCGUCCUGGUCCGUGAAGGCGUCGACUACCUGAGCGCUGACAAUAUCGAUGCUGUGACAAAGGAGAAUUGGGGUCCAAGAAAGGGUGGAUGGGGUAAGAAGUGGUGGCAAUAGAUAUUGGUACAUGUAAAUAUUCAAGAGAAUGGUUUUCUUGUGCAAGAUCUCAUGACGAGAGGGACUGCUAGGUUUUGUUGUACGAGUACUCUGCAUCUUCAAACACAAACAAAAUCAGGACGGACAUGCAAAUGCUGGGUCAAGUUUUUGAUGCCUUACUUGAGACAAUGUAGGGUAUUUCCA